AUGCACUACAGUUUACACAUAGCGACCGUGCCGUCGGCCCCGGUCUCGAUCCUCGACGCCCGCUUCCUCACGACGACCAAGGCGACGUGGAGCUACGCGUCCAAAGCGCCCAACCAGUCGCUCGUGUACGCCAAGAAGCAGCUCUGCGACGCCAGCGGUGCUGCUGUGGCCACCCUCUCGCGCAAGGCCUCUCUCUGCAGCAAUGACGACACGUACGCCGUGGCGAGCCCGUACUUGCAGGUUCCCGGUACCAUCACGACCUCCUCCAGCGUGUGCUCCAUGCGCUCUGCGUACACUUGGGUAUUUGACGACCGCGGGUCGGAGCUCGAGCUGUCGGCCUCUGGCUUCUCGCUGCGUCCUGUGAUCACGCUCUCGACGCCGACCCAAGUGACCCGCGUCGUCGCCACUGUCGGUGCCAACAACACGGUGACGAUCGAGGCUGGCGUUGACGCGGCCGCCGUCCUUGUCCUGUGCCGCGUCUGGUCGUUCAAUUUGAACCUGGGCUGGCUGCUUGUAGCGGGCAUUGCGUGGUUUGCCUGGACUUUUCUCCUGCUCUUCCUUAUGAAGCGCUUUGAUGCUUGGCUCUAA